AUGUCAGUUUCAUCAAAUAGUGCCGUUGGCGGUGCCGUUGGCGGUGCCAAUGGCCUUUUGGAAGUAUACGUCAGUAGAGCUCGCGAUUUACCAAAUCUACGAAAGCUGGACAAGCAAAGCCCAUUCGUUCGACUGCGAAUUUCACACAUGAUAGCUACCUCAGAGGUAGCAUUUAGAGGCGGGCAAACUCCCAAGUUUGAUUUUUAUUCUAAGUUUGACCUUACGCCAGACGUGAAGCCGGCUUUAGUUAUAGAGUUAUUUGACGAAAGGUCACCUCCAAGGCUAAUAGGACAAUGCACAGUCGAUUUGACACCAGCCCUUUACAAAGAUCCUGAAGACGGCCACGAUGACUGGUUUGACCUCAAAAUGGGAAAGGAAGAGGCUGGUCAAGUAUACGUGGAAUUGACAUUCCACCCGCUGAUACCUACUACAAGGCUUCGAAAGAAGAAUUCUGAUUAUGCAAAUAGUCUGGAGUUAGCUAUGGAAGGUAGAGAACCGCCUCCACUGCCUUCCAAACUCCCCUCCUUUCGAAUGGGAGACGAAUAUAAUGCUAAAUCGUACAAUGGCUACUCUCAUGCAUCCGAAUCACGCAGUAGCUCAAUUGCAUUAGAUUCUCAAGAGCCCAUCGUGCGACCAAAUUCGAAUUCAAGAAACUCAAUCAACUUCACUUCCUCAGUCGCUUCGAAUGGAACUUUCAGCUCCCAUGCCACUUCUGCGUCCCACGAAAGCCACGCUACUGUAAAUACGGUUGGAACAGCUACGUCUGCGGGCACCGAGCCAUUAUUCGCGAAGCUCAGGCAACUGAAAGAGAAGUGGAAGUCUAUCAAAAAUCCUGCUUCUGAUCAACAGGGAAACGACAACGAGAACAAGCUGGACUUGAAAGCGUUACAAAAAGUUGUAGGUGUCGACCCAGAGGACUACGAAGGCGCGGCCACGGCGACUCGAAGCCCCAGCAGGAAAUCUUUCGAAUCGUCGAAACUUGCCUCUCAGCCACCGCUUCCGCGUCUUCCUGUGGACCAAGCCAGAAGAACCAGCGCCGAGAGUAGUCCACGAGCCAUGGGCCGGUUUGCAUCCAGCAUACGCGAGCAAAACCCUCCUUUACCACCCCUUCCGCCUAGUCCGCUUUCAAAAUCUGGAACGAGGUCGCGAAAUGCUUCCAAUUCUCCUACGAGGCGAAGGCCCCCACCUUUAGACUGA